AGUCCAAUUUGUCGCGUUCCAGACGAUCCCCACCCACGCAAGUGGCCUAAUGUCGCGCAGCGGAUCAAUCCCUGAGCAGCGCCGGCAGGCGCCAGAGGCAGACGCCACGGCCACAACCUUCCGGGCGAGCGAACAUCAGCAUAUCCGCUACAACCCGCUACAGGAUGAGUGGGUGCUGGUGUCAGCUCACCGCAUGAAGCGGCCCUGGCAGGGGCAAGUAGAGCCCCCGCUCCUGAAGACAGUUCCCCGCCAUGACCCACACAACCCUCUGUGUCCCGGGGCCACACGGGCCAAUGGAGAGGUGAAUCCCUACUAUGAUGGCACCUUCCUGUUUGACAACGACUUCCCAGCUCUGCAGCCUGAUGCCCCCAAUCCAGGACCCAGUGAUCAUCCCCUUUUCCAAACAGAGGCUGCUCGAGGAGCUUGUAAGGUCAUGUGCUUCCACCCCUGGUCCGAUGUAACGCUGCCACUCAUGUCAGUCCCUGAGAUCCGAACUGUCAUCGAUGCAUGGGCCGCAGUGACAGAGGAGCUGGGAGCCCGAUACCCUUGGGUGCAGAUCUUUGAAAACAAAGGAGCCAUGAUGGGCUGUUCCAACCCCCAUCCCCACUGCCAGGUGUGGGCCAGUAGUUUUCUGCCAGAUAUUGCCCAGCGUGAGGAGCGAUCUCAGCGGGCCUAUCAGAGUCAACAUGGAGAACCCCUGCUAAUGGAAUAUGGCCACCAGGAGCUGCUCAGAAAGGAACGUCUGGUCUUAACCAGUGAGCACUGGUUAGUACUGGUCCCCUUUUGGGCAGUGUGGCCCUUCCAGACACUGCUGCUGCCCCGGAGGCAUGUGCGGCGCCUUCCUGAGCUGACCCCUGCUGAGCGUGAUGAUCUAGCCUCUAUUAUGAAGAAGCUCUUGACCAAGUAUGACAACCUAUUUGAGACAUCCUUUCCCUACUCCAUGGGCUGGCACGGGGCUCCCACCGGAUCAGAGGCUGGAGCCAACUGGGAUCACUGGCAGCUGCAUGCUCAUUACUACCCUCCACUCCUGCGCUCUGCCACCGUCCGGAAAUUCAUGGUUGGCUAUGAAAUGCUUGCCCAGGCUCAGAGGGACCUCACCCCUGAGCAGGCUGCGGAGAGACUAAGGACCGUUCCUGAGGUUCAUUACCGCCUGGGGCAGAAGGAUAGGGAGACAGCAACCGUCGCCUGACCACACUGACCACAGGGCCUUCUGCUUGAGGGAACCAGGGCCUAGGGUUGGGAAGAUGUGGGAUCAAUAAAACUAAACUGUGUUUCUCAAACUUUAAUCACAUAUUCUAAUGACAGAGAAGUAUGAACUAUAAUCCUCAGGGAUCUUGGUUAAAGUCUGAUGGCACAGCACCAGCCACAACUUUUCUUUGCCUACAGAUGUGCAAAAACUUAGAGUACAAAAAUUACACCCCAAGUCUCUGAACAAAAUGAAUACUCAAU